AAAACCAGCGCAAAGAAUGGCGAAGGUGUGCCGGGUGUGCCUGGAUGAUUCCGUUCUACUGGUAGAUAUAUUCGCAGAAGUCUGCAAUCUCUGGGAGCUGCCUGAAAAUAGCCCCGCCUACGUCAUAAGCCAGUUCUCACCUGAGAAUUCUGUGGAGCGCGGGGACUCUAUGCCGCAGCUUAUAUGCCACUCCUGCAUUAAUGGGGUCCAGAGUGCAUAUCGUUAUAAGCUAAAAUUGGACCAAGGAUCUGAAAAUUAUCAACGUUUUCUAAAGAAAACGCAGCAGAAACGUUUUAAUAUAGUUUUAUCAAGCGUUUCGGAAAAUAAAGAAACGUACACAAUUAAUAGCAGCGAUAAAGAGGAGAAUCUCAUUCGUGCAAAUGAAAGCCAGGGGAUCAAGGCAGAGCACGAGAUUGUUCUGCUGCCCGAGAAGACGGAGGUGGUGGAGCACAACGUUUACAACGAGGCUCACAUGUGUAUUAAUCUGCAGAAAGACGCUCCCAAUUUUGACAUUGACAUUGAGGAAGGCACUUACACAGUAAGGAACCCUCGUUGGGACUACGUUGAUGAACAGGCUGGCCUGAAGAUGAGUGUUUCAAUGGAUACACCUGAGAUUCAGAAAAUGGAGCAUGUGCCCGGGCUAGCUCAGGUGGCAGAAUCGAAACUUAACAAUCUGAAAUUAGAGCACGUUUUGACAGAAAAUGAGGUUCACAUAAGAAAAAAUAUACAAUCGAACAAAGAGAAUAAGAGGCAGGAGUCAGAGAAAAAGAACCAUCCAUUUGAAAAAGAGGAUUCCUUGGGGACGAUGGAAAUUCUUAUGAGCAUAUCAACGGAUACCGAGAACCAAGAAACUGAUGACAGGGCGAAGUUGGUCAAACCGUAUGAGUGCAAGUGGUGCGGCAAGCUAGUCUCGCGCAGCCAAAAUUUAAGAUGGCAUGAAUUGCGUCACUUUGGCAAGUUGCCGUUCCUUUGUGAUGUUUGUGGCAAAGGAUUCAGAGCUAAGUACCACCUGAAAAGACAUACCACCAGUCACAAGAACAAUCAGACGGCGGAAAUAAGCAAAAUGAAGCCUCUUGGAAGUAAGAGCACGUAUCGUAGUCCGUCGCAGAAAAAGAAGACCCUAGAAGACCACAACAAUGAUCGUCUGGAAAGCAUUUCUCCCAGAAAAAUUCGUAGUACCGCAGAACUUCCAUGUCCGCAAUGCUAUAAAUGUUUUGACUCUCAGUACAAGCUCGAAUUUCACAUUAAUAAGACGUGCCAUAAGUGUCCCCACUGCUCACGCUUUUAUGCAAAUGAACGUAGUCUAAGGAGACAUCAACAAGAGCACAUUCCACUGGCAGCCUUUGAGGGCCCGCGAUCAUUCUCGAACAUGAAUGAGCUGAGGGAGCCCCGUGUCAAGCACAGCGACAAUGGCCUGUUUAAGUGCCAAGAAUGCAAUGCAGUAUUCAUCAACAUCCUUUAUCUGCAGAUCCACAGUAAAGAGCACACUAAUGAGCAUAGGCAUCGUAGUCUGUUGAGACAUACCAAGAACGACAUUGCAAUGACAGCCUUACAGUGCACGCGUUGCCCGCGCUCAUUCCCGAACAUCCGUGAGGUGAUGAAGCACCGUGUCGAGCACAGCGGCGUUGGCCUGUCUAAAUGCCAAGAAUGCAAUGCAGUAUUCAUCGACAUCCUUUAUCUGCAGAUCCACAGUAAAGAGCACACUAAUGAGCAUGGGCAUCGUAGUCUGUUGAGACAUACCAAGAACUACAUUCCAAUGACAGCCUUAGAUUGCACGCGUGAGGUGAUGAAGCACCGUGUCAAGCACAGCGGCGUUGGCCUGUUUAAGUGCCAAGAAUGCAAUGCAGUAUUCAUCAACAUCCUUUAUCUGCAGAUCCACAGUAAAGAGCACACUAAUGAGCAUAGGCAUCGUAGUCUGUUGAGACAUACCAAGAACGACAUUGCAAUGACAGCCUUACAGUGCACGCGUUGCCCGCGCUCAUUCCCGAACAUCCGUGAGGUGAUGAAGCACCGUGUCGAGCACAGCGGCGUUGGCCUGUUUAAAUGCCAAGAAUGCAAUGCAGUAUUCAUCAACAUCCUUUAUCUGCAGAUCCACAGUAAAGAGCACACUAAUGAGCAUAGGCAUCGUAGUCUGUUGAGACAUACCAAGAACGACAUUGCAAUGACAGCCUUACAGUGCACGCGUUGCCCGCGCUCAUUCCCGAACAUCCGUGAGGUGAUGAAGCACCGUGUCGAGCACAGCGGCGUUGGCCUGUUUAAAUGCCAAGAAUGCAAUGCAGUAUUCAUCGACAUCCUUUAUCUGCAGAUCCACAGUAAAGAGCACACUAAUGAGCAUAGGCAUCGUAGUCUGUUGAGACAUACCAAGAACGACAUUGCAAUGACAGCCUUACAGUGCACGCGUUGCCCGCGCUCAUUCCCGAACAUCCGUGAGGUGAUGAAGCACCGUGUCGAGCACAGCGGCGUUGGCCUGUUUAAAUGCCAAGAAUGCAAUGCAGUAUUCAUCAACAUCCUUUAUCUGCAGAUCCACAGUAAAGAGCACACUAAUGAGCAUAGGCAUCGUAGUCUGUUGAGACAUACCAAGAACGACAUUGCAAUGACAGCCUUACAGUGCACGCGUUGCCCGCGCUCAUUCCCGAACAUCCGUGAGGUGAUGAAGCACCGUGUCGAGCACAGCGGCGUUGGCCUGUUUAAAUGCCAAGAAUGCAAUGCAGUAUUCAUCAACAUCCUUUAUCUGCAGAUCCACAGUAAAGAGCACACUAAUGAGCAUAGGCAUCGUAGUCUGUUGAGACAUACCAAGAACGACAUUGCAAUGACAGCCUUACAGUGCACGCGUUGCCCGCGCUCAUUCCCGAACAUCCGUGAGGUGAUGAAGCACCGUGUCGAGCACAGCGGCGUUGGCCUGUUUAAAUGCCAAGAAUGCAAUGCAGUAUUCAUCAACAUCCUUUAUCUGCAGAUCCACAGUAAAGAGCACACUAAUGAGCAUAGGCAUCGUAGUCUGUUGAGACAUACCAAGAACGACAUUGCAAUGACAGCCUUACAGUGCACGCGUUGCCCGCGCUCAUUCCCGAACAUCCGUGAGGUGAUGAAGCACCGUGUCGAGCACAGCGGCGUUGGCCUGUUUAAAUGCCAAGAAUGCAAUGCAGUAUUCAUCGACAUCCUUUAUCUGCAGAUCCACAGUAAAGAGCACACUAAUGAGCAUGGGCAUCGUAGUCUGUUGAGACAUACCAAGAACUACAUUCCAAUGACAGCCUUAGAUUGCACGCGUGAGGUGAUGAAGCACCGUGUCAAGCACAGCGGCGUUGGCCUGUUUAAGUGCCAAGAAUGCAAUGCAGUAUUCAUCAACAUCCUUUAUCUGCAGAUCCACAGUAAAGAGCACACUAAUGAGCAUAGGCAUCGUAGUCUGUUGAGACAUACCAAGAACGACAUUGCAAUGACAGCCUUACAGUGCACGCGUUGCCCGCGCUCAUUCCCGAACAUCCGUGAGGUGAUGAAGCACCGUGUCGAGCACAGCGGCGUUGGCCUGUUUAAAUGCCAAGAAUGCAAUGCAGUAUUCAUCAACAUCCUUUAUCUGCAGAUCCACAGUAAAGAGCACACUAAUGAGCAUAGGCAUCGUAGUCUGUUGAGACAUACCAAGAACGACAUUGCAAUGACAGCCUUACAGUGCACGCGUUGCCCGCGCUCAUUCCCGAACAUCCGUGAGGUGAUGAAGCACCGUGUCGAGCACAGCGGCGUUGGCCUGUUUAAAUGCCAAGAAUGCAAUGCAGUAUUCAUCAACAUCCUUUUUCUGCAGAUCCACAGUAAAGAGCACACUAAUGAGCAUGGGCAUCGUAGUCUGUUGAGACAUACCAAGAACGACAUUGCAAUGACAGCCUUACAGUGCACGCGUUGCCCGCGCUCAUUCCCGAACAUCCGUGAGGUGAUGAAGCACCGUGUCGAGCACAGCGGCGUUGGCCUGUUUAAAUGCCAAGAAUGCAAUGCAGUAUUCAUCGACAUCCUUUAUCUGCAGAUCCACAGUAAAGAGCACACUAAUGAGCAUAGGCAUCGUAGUCUGUUGAGACAUACCAAGAACGACAUUGCAAUGACAGCCUUACAGUGCACGCGUUGCCCGCGCUCAUUCCCGAACAUCCGUGAGGUGAUGAAGCACCGUGUCGAGCACAGCGGCGUUGGCCUGUUUAAAUGCCAAGAAUGCAAUGCAGUAUUCAUCGACAUCCUUUUUCUGCAGAUCCACAGUAAAGAGCAUGCUGGUGAGCAAGGGCAACUGGAGCGUAGCCGAGGAGCCACACUCUUUAGGGCUAAGAAACAGGUCGACUCCGACUCGAAGAAGAGUGUUUUAGAAAUGUUUUCCUGCCAUGACGCUAAUAGUCGCUCAAAGAGUCCAACAAUGCUAAAGAAGAUGGAGCUCACCGACCCCGACCCUGCUAUAUCAAGCCCCACAAAGAAGAGCUGCAUGACCCAAUCCUUGCCAAUAAAACAGGAAAAUACAUGCCAGCAGUGCGGUAAGAAAUUUACCUAUAAACAAGCCCUGACUAGGCACAUGCGUGUUCACACUGGCGAGCGUCCUUUCGAAUGCACGUAUUGCGAGAAGAAAUAUUCGCGCAGGGCUCAGCUAGAUGAGCACACUGCUACCCACACUGGCGACCGUCCUUUCAAGUGCUUUGUUUGCGAGAAAAAAUUUAUUCGCAAGAUACACCUAGCUGAGCACACUCGUAUUUACACUGGCGACCGUCCUUACGAGUGCUUGACUUGCGGCAAGACUUUUCCGCGCAAGUAUACCCUGCUUAAGCACAAUCGUAUCCACACUGGCGAUCACCCUUCCGAUUGCCCGCAAUGCGACAAAAAAUUUAGAGAUAAGGACGCACUACAACAACACUUUCGUAAUAUUCACAAUUGCGAACGUCGUAACGAGAAAAAUUAUCAAGGGUGCUUCAAGAGGAAGGAAAAAAGCUUUGACGAAAGUUAUAAACUGGAGAUACACGAAAGAAAGGCGUCGAAUAACAACAAUAUGCCUGAACAGCGCUUAGACAUUAAGGAUGAAAUCGCUUGAAGCAAUGUUUUGUUGACAUGACAUUUAUUUAAACAUAUAAGGACUGCUUACAUUACUGAAUAAUUCUUUUGUUAUGCCUCUAUUUUUGACUACACUAAAACGACUGGAAGUUUAUUCCUGUUUUUGCUAAAUAUACUUACAAAAAAAAUCUCUAUA